UCUUAUGUGUGGGACUUGGGAGUUAGUACGUAGACACACCAGCGUUUGAGGUGUAUGCACUGUGCAUUGUGUGUGAAGGACUUUCUAAGUAAUUGCGUUUUUACUGCACACUCAACGGAAACAAACUGCAUGAGUGCAGCGAAGGUUGCAUUGGAGAGGCGUGAUAGUAGACGUAGUUCUUGGGUGUGGGUUCUUACAUUUUAAUGUCGUUGCUCUUCGUCCCGCUGUUACAUCUCGUGGGACUGAAAAGUUGAAGAGCCUCCUUUUCAGGAUUGGAAUUCUGUGUGCCUAGAAACAGAUUUUAGACGCGAUCUCGCCUCACAAAAUCUUUUUCAAAUCACCUGAUAAGGAUCAUGGCGUCAGCAGUCAGAUGGGUGACAUCAAACAGAACUGUCUGGAAACAUUUAUUUCCAAUGCGAAAUGGAGCUUUAUCCAGUGUCUGCUGUAAGUCUACAUAUUCUUCUCUUCCAGAGGACUACAACUGCAAGGUAGAGCUGGCUUUGACCUCCGACGGCAGGACCAUAGUGUGCUACCACCCUUCUGUGGACAUCCCCUACGAACACACCAAAGUACGUGCGGAAGUUGUCUGGUUUCAGCUUUUCUAGUUUACUGUCUUGACU